AUGGCCGUGUACCAGGAGUUUUUCGGUGAAAAGGUAGUUGUUUUCUACGAAUCAAAAUUUGCGUUGUACCCGUACUAUAAGGAUUAUGACUCCAAUCAACCAAUUAAUGGAGGUUUACCUCAGAAUAUUUCACUUCAAGCUCAUUUGGAUGCAGUCGCUCAGCAAAUCCAAGCUGAUAUUCCGGAUCCAAACUUUCAUGGAAUCGCUGUGAUCGAUUUAGAAGCAUGGCGCCCACUUUACCACAUGAAUUGGGAUGAAAAGAAG